AUGGGCCGUAUGGGCCGUACCUUCAUGCGUCACGCGGUCCAGUACCAGGACAUCGAAGUCGUUGCCAUCAACGACCCCGUGUUAAAGCUAGACGACAUGGCGGCCAAGUUCAAGUCCAUCCCCGUUCACGGUAACUUCGAGGGGGAUGUUCAUGCGGGCCCAUCCACGUAUUCAGUCAAAGCAAGCCAAGAGGACAUCAACUGGGGAUCGGUUGGCGCUAACUAUAUCAUUGAGUCGAGUGGGUUUUUCACCACGAGAGGCCAAGUAAGCUCUGUCGAAGACUUGAUCAUCAUCACUGCGAUAUCUAAUGCGCCGAUGUUUAUCUGUGGUGUCAACCUCGAUGCGUACAAACCAGAAUACACCGUUAUUUCUAGCGCCUCGAGCACUACCAAUUGCCUUGCCCCUAUCGCAAGUAUUCGUGCGGUGGACAUCACUGACAAUAAAUCCCUCACUAACACCAUCAUCCCAACCUACACUGAAGCGGCGGAGGUUGUCGGAAAGAUCAUUCCCUCGUUGGAUGACAGGUUCACGUGUGUCAUCAUUUUAUUUCGAUCUGUUGGUCUGGCCCUAAAUGUCUUUGUAGUGGUCUUGAAUUUCGUAUUCCAGUUAGAAGCUGAAGAGGGUCCGCUCAAGGGCAUAUUGUUGGUUCCUGAUAAUAUUAUGGUGUCUACAAACUUACUCGAGCGUACCGAGUCGACUAUUUUCGACCCCGGGGUUCAAUUCACGGUCUUUGACCGUUCCUUCAAGUUGGUCGCAUACUAUGGCCAAUGA